AUGGUAGCAGACAAUGAUACAAAAACUACAGAAUUUUUUCUUCUGGGAUUAUCCCAGGACCCAGAGCUGCAGGCCCUCACAUUUGGACUUUUCCUCUCCAUGUACCUGACCACGAUUCUUGGGAACCUGCUCAUCAUCUUGGCUACCACCUCAGACUCCCGCCUCCACACGCCCAUGUACUUCUUCCUGUCCAACCUGUCCUUUAUUGAUAUCUGCUUCACCUCCACCACCGUCCCCAAGAUACUGUUCAACAUACAAACACGGAGCAAAGUUAUCACCUACCAAGGCUGCCUCAGCCAACUGUACUUUUUCAUACUCUUUUUAGGAAUGGACAACCUUCUUUUGUCCAUCAUGGCCUAUGACCGCUUCGUGGCCAUCUGCCACCCCCUGCACUACACGGUCAUCAUGAACCCCCAACUCUGUGGACAGUUGCUUCUGGUGUCCUGGAUCAUGAGUGCUCUGAAUUCCUUGCUACACAGCAUCAUGGUGUUGCGUCUGUCAUUUUGCACAGACCUAGAAAUCCCCCAUUUUUUCUGUGAACUCAACCAGGUGAUAGCACUCGCCUGUUCUGACACCUUUAUUAACAGCAUGGUGAUGUAUCUGGGGGCUGGGUUGUGGGGAGCAGUGCCCCUUAUGGGGAUCCUGUAUUCUUACACCAAGAUUGUGACCUCCAUCCGCAGCAUCUCGUCAGCCCAGGGGAAGGUGAAGGCGUUUUCCACCUGUGCCUCUCACCUCUCUGUGGUCUCUUUAUCUUAUUGCACAGCUGUGGGCGUGUAUCUGAGCUCUGCCAUCACCGAGAACUCAUACUCCAGUGCCAUCGCCUCUGUGAUGUACACAGUGGUCAUGCCCAUGCUGAACCCCUUCAUCUACAGCCUCAGGAACAAGGACAUCAAGAGGGCUCUGAGUGCAUUCUCAGAGAUGGCAGCUCUAAAACUGCCCAAUGUUCUGGGUCUUAAGAGGCAGCCAUGA